GCGAAGACGUUAUUGUAGGCGUGGUCUCGCCUACGGGUCGCCGGGAGGCCUGGCGCUCGCUCAACGGCUCCGCGACCACCUGCCGCGACCAGCUCCAGCAGCAGCAGCAGCAGCAGCAGCAGCAGCAGCAGCAGCGCCAGCAGCAGGAGGGCUCGUCCCUAGCCAAACGGCCAAGGCGCCCGGCACCACCACCACCGCCAGAGCCAGCACUCCCAGCCCAACAGUGCGCCACCGCAAGCCUCGCGGAAUCCUCCGCCUCGUCGUCGUCGUCCUGCUCCUCCUCCUCCUCCUCUACGAACAAAGAGAGCCAUCUGGAGCAGGAUGAGGCGACGCCGCUAGAGCAGGAGCAUAAGGAGGCUGUGCAACAGCAACACCAACGGGAUAUGGGUGCAAAUCUAAGCAGGCACAGCGGUAAGGGUCUCAAGGGCAGACGAGCUCAAUCUUCGGGUAGCCUGUGCGACGGAAAGGGCAUCAGCGUCAGCAAGAUACUCGCGCCCUGCUCGAGAUCCUCCAAAGAAAGCAAAUACAAGUAUUGCGGCUCACUGCCAAAUCACCUCGAUGGAAAAGACUCGCUGGACGAUGAAACGAGCGAAAACAACAAUGUCAUUACCGACACCAUCAGCGGCAAUCUCGGUGGUACUCUGCCGCACAAAAAGAGCCACGUCUCGGCACAUUUUUCUGACGAUCCGUCCCACACCUUGGAACUCGUGAAGCAUCGAUCGGAGGAGUCCCUCGACGGCGACCCUUGGAAAUACAGACUCGAGGGCGCGGACCUGGCACGAUGUCGUUAUGCAGAAUCGCUGCGCAAGAGCCGGGGUUCAGAUGCGGGGAGCAGCGUGAGCGGCUGCAGCCACCACCACCAGCACCAGCAUCAUCAUCACGAGUGGCGUCGUAACUCGAGCACGCUGUCGCGGGGCCGAUGCCACCGGAGCGCGGAACUCGACGUGACGGGGACGCUGCCGAAGCGUCGGCAGGACUCGACGAAGCGCAGCGCCCCAUCGCUCAGGGAACUCGGGGACGGACCCACACGGGCCAGUCGGAUAUCGAUCGAUAAGAUCGACGACGACCUACUGUUCAGGAGGCCGUCGUCACAGCAGCAGCACAAACAGCCCGACAGCGAGGCGACCGACAAACAAAAUCAGCAGGAACAACAGAAAAAUCACAAGCCCCAGCCACACGGAAAGUACGUAGAUUUGAAGCUACACAAGCUGACAGCUGGAGGAGAGCCACAAGAUCAGGGGUACGCGUCCGAGAGGUCGCCCGAGGACGAGCAUCUGCCGCCGUUGCCCGAUCAACCGUUUCCCAGUGUCACGCCAGAGAGCACGUUCCGAGUGAUACUGACGAAAAGCAGCCGGGGCCUGGGCUUGAGCGUGUCGGGCGGCGGGACUUCAGGUCCGGUGCGGGUCAAGCGUUUAUUCCCGCAACAGCCGGCCGCCCUGUCCAACAAACUUCAGCCAGGCGAUGUUCUGCUGGCCGCCAAUGGCACGCCCCUUACUGGUCUCACCAACUACGAGGCGCUGGAAGUGCUGCGCACGACCUCGAGCACGGUCGAGCUGGUGGUGUGUCGACCUCCCGGAGCCGAGGUUAAUAGCACUACGCCCCCGGACGCGGCGCCCCCACCGCCACCCACCAGGAAGGAUAACCCUGGACUGACCCUCAAGAUACCAAUGAACCCGCUGCCACCGCUGGACGUCGAGCCUUGCGGGGAAUUUGACAUCGAGCUGACGAAAGUCGCGGGCAGUCUAGGCUUCACGUUACGCAAGACGGACAGCAGCGCGCUGGGCCACUACGUGCGGGCGCUGGUGCGGGAACCGGCGCUGAGCGACGGACGCAUCCAUCCGGGGGACAAGAUCAUCGCGGUGGACGGCGCUACCUUAUCCCCCCUCAGCCACGAGGAUGCAGUGGCACUGCUCAGGCGGUGCGGGCCCACGGUCAGGCUGAGGCUCUACCGAGAUCUGGCGCAGACCCCAGUCUCGGCACUCUCGCCUACAGAGCCCGACUAUCCCGACCGUCCUACCAAGACUUGCCUCCGGCAAGAGGCAGUCGACAUGCUGUGCGAUUUGGCAGUGCGCAAGUUGUCACCAGGCACGUCGAACGGCUCGAGUAGCUGUCCCCGGCAAUCAUUGGGCACGUCGAGCAACUCACCGCGAAGGCUGCGUAGACCGGCGACGCGUUCCUCGACCGCCGACACCGACGAAGCGUCAGGCGGCAGUGUUGUCCAGCGGAACGGUAGCGACAGCAAUCGGCACUCGCGAGCCUCGACUCUCAGCCAAGAGACCUCGGAUUCGGACCAGUGCUCGAUCAAGACCCAGAUCACGAACUCGCAGCCGGAAACCCCGGGCAACGACAUAAUAGACCCACCACCACUCUACGACCUCUGCGAUGCGGAAGCCUCCGGCUCCACAAGACCCACCAACACCACGACCACGACCACCUCAUCUUCCUUCAACAACUCGUCGUCGUCGGCCCAUCGUCCGAGCUUCCUCGACUUGCGUGGUGGCAGUCAAAAUCAGUCCCACAAUCAUCAUCAUCAUCAUCAACAUCAUCAACAACAGCAGCCCGUCGAGCACUGCUGUAGCAACGGCAAGUCACCGCGAUUCCAGUACAACGUCGAGUCGGACAGUGAGAGCUCAGCUCCCGUGGUAGCGAACGACGACGUCAGCGAGCCGAUUCAUCACAGUAACCAUCACCAUCAUCAUCAUCAUCACAAUCAUCACCACCACCACCACCAUCGGAGUUAUCGGGCAGCUACCGCUACUAGUGGUGGCCUCAGCGACGAACUGUCCAACGAACCGGCCUCGAUGCCACCGCAACUGGGCAGCAGCGCCGGGCCAGCUUUCAGUUACAAGAACCCAGCCUACCAGAGUGCCAACCCGGCCUGCUGCGGACUGCAGCCCGACUCCGCUGCGACUGCCACUUCCGUUGCUGGGGCCAGCACAGGCAAAACCGCCCACUCCAGCGAGCAGGAUAUCCCAAAAAAAAUAAUGGGCGCUGAUGAGCCCGGCGGUACCAAAGGCUUAUUGAAAUGGAAAGGAGUGAUGUUCGCACCCAGCAAUUCCGACGAGACUGACGGCAGGUGCAUGAUUAGGGAGGACAGAUCUAACGAAUCGGCGGCCUUAGCGAGCCUUCAUGAACAAGGAUAUGAGGUGUUCAUGAUUGAGCUAACCCGAGGAUGGAACAGCCGGCUCGGCUUCAGUUUGCAGCCCGAAGGUGAUAAAACAGUGAUAUCCGUCGUUCACCCGGACAGCCUAGCAGCCAAGGAUGGAAGACUCCGGCAGGGUGACAUUGUCAUAAUGGUGAAUGAAGAAAGUGUGGAGGAAAUGUCGACGGCCGACGUGAUCGACUUGCUGCGCAAGAUCCGAGGCUCGAUUGGAAUCACCGUGCUUAGGCGUAAAAAGGACGGGACGUGAUGCUGAAAGUGCGCCCGGCUUCCAUGAAUCGGCGAAUCAUUAACGCGGGACUUGGCCCUCGGUUCGCUUAUCAUCGCGUCACUCACUAAUGUCAUUAUAACGAUAACAAGAAAUUACAUUGCAACUACGAUUAUCAUAAUUUUAAAAAACGAAGCAUAUGUGUAUAAAAGUAUACAAAUGUAUAUGGAACAAAAUGAAAAAAAAGCGCGAGUCUUGUGGUCUUUUUUUAUUCGAUGAAAAAAGAUUCGCAAGUAUGCACGUCAGCGUGUCGAUCGUGUAACUUUCGAAAUGAUUACAGAAUUUAAAAGCCGAGAGUGAAGCUCGAUCCUGAUUGAAUAGACUGAAUAUUUGAAGCAAUAAAAAGUAGAAGUCGAGGAAAAUAAAGAUGAAGUAAUAUAUUGAAACGUCAUUUUUCGUUGAUCGACAGUUUAAAAGAUAUUGUACAUAAUAUAUAUCAUACGAAUGCGUUGACUCUGUAUUAUAAUUAUGAUUUUGUAAGUACAAGAAAAAUAAUGAUAAAUCGAUGUUCGAGUGCCUAGAUGCUAAAAAAAAUCUUGCGAGUGAUUUACGUCCGAUACAGAUUUGGUCCUACUAUGUUGUUUGGGGGCCGAUAUGAAAUUUAAAAAAAAA